UAUUUUCUCUGUGUAUACAGGUGUGCUCCCGGUUUUUUGGGAGAGUACUGUCAGCACAAGGACCCUUGUCAACCAGGAUACUGCCUGAAUGGGGGGAACUGUUCUGUGUCCAUGUCAGCUGGGGUUCCUGUUCCCGGUAGCGCCAUCUGUACCUGUCCUCUCGGCUACGCUGGACAGCACUGCCAAACUCCCCAAAACUCCACGUGUUAUCCAAACAACCCAUGCGCCAACAAGGGGGUCUGUACCCUGCUGUCCCUUGCCCAGUACAAGUGCGAGUGCACCAGAGGAUGGACAGGUCCACACUGUGAGCAUGAGGACAGCUGUCUCUCCAGUCCGUGUGCCAACGGAGGAAGGUGCAGCUCUCUGCCUGGUGGCAGCUACACCUGUUCCUGUAUUCCUGGCUAUCAAGGCCCGCGCUGCCUUAACGACACAAAUGAAUGUGCAGACACACCCUCACCCUGCCAGAAUGACGGCAAGUGUGUCAACACCCCUGGCUCUUACAAGUGUGGCUGUAAGCCAGGCUUUACGGGCCUCCACUGUGAGAGUUCAUACAUCCCUUGCUCGCCUUCGCCAUGUCUGAACGGAGGCACCUGCCACCAGAUGUCUGAAACCACCUACUCAUGCCACUGCCUUCCAGGUUUUAAUGGAACUAACUGUGAGAACAACAUUGACGACUGUCCUGGCCAUCAUUGUGCCAAUGGAGGAACAUGCAUAGAUGGAGUCAAUACCUACAACUGUCAGUGUCCUCCAGAGUGGACUGGUCAGCAUUGCACAGAGGAUGUGGACGAGUGUCGGCUGCAGCCAAAUACUUGCCAGAAUGGCGGUACAUGUAGCAACUUGAUCGGCGGCUACGUCUGCGUGUGCGUCAACGGCUGGAGCGGCCCUGACUGCUCGGAGAACAUCGAUGACUGCGCGACAGCCGCAUGCAGCCUGGGCUCCACUUGUAUCGACCGUGUUGCGUCUUUUAUCUGUGUCUGUCCCCAAGGAAAGACAGGUUUGCUCUGCCAUAGAGACGACGCCUGCAUCAGCAACCCCUGCAGAGAGGGCUCACAUUGCGACACCAACCCCAUCACUGGGAUGUUUAACUGUAAUUGUCCACCGGGAUAUGUAGGCAACACCUGCAACAAAGACAGAGAUGAAUGCAGCAUUGGUCCCAACCCAUGCGAGCAUGGCGGUCAGUGUGUGAACACUGACGGCUCCUUCACUUGCAACUGUGUCAAAGGUUACUCUGGGCCUCGGUGUGAACAAGAUGUCAAUGAAUGUGCCUCCAACCCCUGCCUGAAUGAUGGCACAUGUCUGGAUCGCAUCGGGGAAUACACCUGCAUCUGCAUGCCUGGAUUUGAGGGGACUCACUGUGAGAUUGACGUGAAUGAGUGUUUGAGCUCUCCCUGUCUGAACCAGGGUAAAUGUGUGGACCAGGUCAGCCGUUUUGUUUGCCAGUGCCCAGCAGGUUUCAGCGGAGAUAUGUGCCAAAUAGACAUCGAUGAGUGCUCCAGUACGCCUUGUUUGAAUGGAGCCAAGUGUAUCGAUCGACCCAACGGAUAUGAUUGUGAAUGUGCAGAAGGCUUCGCUGGUCUGCUUUGUGAGGAGAACAUCAAUGACUGCGAUCCACCACCUUGUCAUCACGGUGUGUGUAAGGAUGGCAUUGCCACCUACUCUUGUGAGUGCUACCCUGGCUACACAGGCUCCAUCUGCAACAUCCAGGUCCAGGAGUGCCUCAGCAACCCGUGCCAAAAUCGAGGGCGCUGCAUUGACUUGGUUGAUGCAUACCAGUGUAACUGUCCAUCAGGAACCUCGGGUGUGAACUGUGAGAUCAAUGAGAAUGACUGUGCCAGCAACCCUUGUAAGCACGGAGAGUGCCAAGAUGGCAUCAAUGAGUACAAAUGUGUGUGUUCCCCUGGAUACACAGGAGAUCAGUGUGACGUCAACAUCAACGAGUGUAACUCAAACCCAUGCAUGAGUGGGGGAACCUGUGUGGACAUAGUGAAUGGGUUCCAGUGCCUGUGCCCCCCCGGGACCUACGGCCCGCUGUGCCUUUCAGGAACUGAUCACUGUGCUUCCCAGCCUUGUAUUCAAGGAGAUUGCAUUGAGCAGCAACACAGGUACCGAUGUGAGUGUAAGCCCGGUUGGGUCGGGCAACACUGUGAGCAGCAGAAGAACGAGUGUCUGCCGAAUCCAUGCUUAAAUGGGGCCAUCUGUCAGGAUCUGCUCAAUGGCUACACCUGUCAUUGUAAACCAGGAUUCAGAGGGGUCAACUGUGAGAAGAACGUAGAUGAGUGUGCAUCAGGGCCAUGUCUGAACCACGGCAUUUGUAAAGAUGGAAUCAACAGUUACACUUGUCAGUGUAAUGCUCCAUUCACAGGAAAACACUGUGAGGUGGAGCAGGUUCCCUGUGCCUCCCAUCCAUGUGAAAGGGGAGGGGUUUGCCUCCCGUCUCAAGAUUACACCUCUUACACCUGCCGAUGUCAACCUGGCUGGCAAGGAAAACGCUGCAAUGAAGACGUGAAUGAAUGCAUGAAGAACCCCUGCCUGAACGGUGGCCGCUGCAUUGACACCCCAGGAAGCUAUGUGUGUCAAUGUCAACGUGGAUACAGCGGACACAACUGUCAGAUAAACGUAGACGACUGCUCGCCAAACCCGUGCCUGAAUGGAGGCCAGUGUGUGGACAAAGUGGCGAGUUUCUCCUGUGAUUGCCGCGCGGGUUUUGAAGGGGAUCGCUGUGAGACUGAUGUGAAUGAGUGUGCCAGCGAGCCCUGCAGGAAUGGAGGCGUCUGCCACGACUACGUGAACAGCUUUGUGUGCAGGUGCCGACCGGGCUUCAAUGGCAUCCAGUGUCAACACAACAUUCUUGAAUGCACAGAGAGCUCCUGCCUCAAUAACGGAACUUGCAUUGAUGACAUUAACACCUUUUCCUGCCGGUGCCGGCAUGGUUUUUACGGAAUGUUCUGUGAGUUUGAGCACAACGAAUGUGAUUCUCAGCCCUGUAAAAACGGAGGCACUUGCACAGACGGCCUGGGGACUUACCGCUGCACCUGUCCUGUGGGAUACAGCGGACAGAACUGUCAGAACUAUGUAAACUUGUGCAACCAGGUGAAAUGUAAGAACGGUGGCACCUGCUCUCAGACAGCUACAUCCUGGACCUGCCGCUGUCAGAUGGGGUGGACAGGACUUUACUGCGAUGUCCCCAACAUGUCCUGUCAGGACUAUGCUGCCAGGAGUGGUUUGGUAGUGGAACGUGUAUGUAAGAAUGCGGGUCACUGUGUUAACGUGGGGAACUCCCAUCAGUGCAAGUGCCAGUCAGGAUACACUGGCAGCUACUGUGAGGAGAUGGUGGACGAGUGCCAGUCGAAUCCCUGUAGAAAUGGCGCUACAUGCAAGGAUUAUCAGGGCACAUACGAAUGUGUAUGUAAACCAGGCUUCCAAGGAGUGAACUGUGAGUAUGACGUUGACGAAUGUCACUCUAAGCCCUGCCUCAACGGAGGAAGAUGUAUCAACCUCAUCAACCGCUUUACAUGCAUCUGCCCACCUGGAACGCACGGAGUCCAGUGCGAGGUGAACGAGGAUGACUGCGCCCCCAGCCCAGGCUCCUCUGAGCCGCGCUGCAGAAACGGAGGACAGUGUGUCGACGGCGUGGGCCGCUACACCUGCUCCUGUCCUCCAGGGUUCGUUGGGGAACACUGCGAGGGCGACGUCAACGAAUGCCAGUCUGGACCCUGCAGUGCUGCUGGCAGCCUCGACUGCAUCGAGCUGGUCAAUGACUAUCAGUGUCUCUGUCGCCUCGGAUACACAGGUCGCCAUUGUGAAUCCAUGGUGGAUCUGUGUGUGUCGAAGCCGUGCCGUAACGGCGGCGUCUGCACCAUGAACAUGAGCUCAGUACAUGGCUACAUGUGCACUUGUCCCCCUGGCUUUUCUGGAUUCAGCUGUGGUGAAAUAGAGGAUUUCAACUGUGCAAGACUGAGCUGCCAAAACGGCGGCCGCUGCAUGAAGUCACCAGUAGGACAACUGUAUUGCCAGUGCCAGCCGGGCUUCAGCGGGUCACACUGUGAGAAGGAGCAGAUGUGCUCAGUGGCCUGCCAGAACGGAGGAACCUGUGUCAAAGACCCGUCCAACCCGUUUCAGCACAGCUGCCAGUGUCGCGACGGCUUCGUCGGACGAUUCUGUGAGAACAAAAUACGUGAGCUUAGGCCUCCGAGAUGCCCUUAUGCGCAGUGUGAGUUACGACUAGGAGAUAACGUGUGUGACGAGCAGUGCAACAACCAUGAAUGCCAGUGGGAUGGAGGCGACUGCUCGCUCAACUGGCCGCAGCCGUGGGCCAACUGCACAGCCACAGUCCCCUGCUGGGAUCUCUUUAAGAACGGACAGUGUGACAAGGAGUGUGACAACCCUGGCUGUCUCUUUGACAGCUUUGAAUGCAUGGAGGUCCACACAAGCCCAUGCAAGUAUGACAUGUACUGCAAAGACCAUUUUGGAAAUGGUAUCUGUGACCAGAGCUGCUACACAGAGGCCUGUGGAUGGGACGGACUGGACUGCUCUAACGACGUACCGGCUGAUUUGGCAGCCGGCACGCUGGUUAUUGUGGUCCUACUGCAGCCAGAGGAGCUGCUGGGAGAUCUGAGGGGUUUCCUGCGCUCCCUGGGAGCCCUGCUCCACACCAAUGUGCGGGUGAGGCUGGACGAGAACAAGGAGCCGAUGGUGUACCCUUACUAUGGAGAACAGAGACAGACUGACAAAAGCAGAAGCAAGCGGGAGCUGGCCAGAGAGGUUAUUGGCUCUUUGGUGCACCUGGACAUCGAUAACCGUGAAUGCUCCAAGAGCUCCACCUCCAACUGCUUCUCCAACACGUCUACGGCCGCCUCCUUUAUCGCAGCGGCUCACAUCAAGGCCGACCUGCCUUACCCACUGGUGUCUGUUAAGAGUGCUCCAACAGAGGAGUCCCCCUCUAUAUAUCCGUACCUGAUUGGAGUUGCCGCUUUUAUCGUUCUGCUGAUUCUGGUGCUGGGGAUGCUGGCAGCCAAGAAGAAACAUAAACAUGGAGUUCUGUGGCUCCCCGAUGGCUUCCUGGCCACCAAGAAUGACAAGAGGAGAGAGCCUGUUGGACAGGACGACUUUGACAUGAAGAAUUUCAAGACCCAUAAUGGAAGCAUGGUUGAUGGAGGUCAGAGUCAGAGAUGGCUCGAUGAUGAAACUCCAUCCAAAAAGCCAAGAACUGAAGACAAGCCUCUGCUUUCCAUCCCAAUGGAUGGAGGUAUCGACCGUAGAGAGUGGACCCUGCAGCAUCACAAAGCUGCAGACAUCACUCUCACUCCUCCCCAGGCUGACUUAGAUGCUGACUGUCUGGAUGUUAAUGUCAAAGGACCUGAUGGCUUCACCCCUCUGAUGGUGGCGUCCCUGCGUAACGGUGGAGGUCCGGACUGCAGCCUGCAUGGAGACGAGGAAGACGAGAGCGGAGGAGACGAACCGGGACCAAGUGUCAUUUCCGAUCUGAUCGCUCAGGGCGCAAAUCUGAUGGCUCAGACCGACCGCACAGGGGAAACCGCUCUCCACCUGGCCGCCCGCUACGCCCGGGCCGACGCCGCCAAGAGACUGCUGGACGCCGGAGCGGAUCCCAACGCUCAUGACAACAUGGGCAGAACCCCGCUUCACGCCGCCGUGGCAGCCGACGCGCAAGGAGUCUUUCAGAUUCUGAUCCGGAACCGCGCUACAGAACUGGACUCCAGGAUGAACGACGGUACGACGCCGCUGAUCCUGGCAGCACGGCUCGCUGUGGAGGGCAUGGUAGAAGAGCUGAUCCACUGCCACGCUGACAUCAAUGCUGUAGACGACCACGGUAAAUCUGCUUUGCACUGGGCGGCUGCAGUUAACAAUGUGGAGGCUACUCUUGUGCUUCUGAAGAAUGGAGCCAACCGCGACAUGCAGGACAAUAAGGAGGAGACCCCCUUGUUCCUCGCAGCACGAGAAGGCAGCUUUGAGGCGGCUCAAGUUCUUCUCGAUCACUACUCCAACCGCGACAUCACCGAUCACCUGGACCGGCUGCCCCGCGACACGGCUCAAGAGCGCAUGCACCAUGACAUAGUCCGCCUGCUGGACCAGUACAACCUGGUUCACAGCCCACACAACGGCGCCAACCACAUGGGUGGAGGUGGAAACUCUGUGAUGUGUGGGGCGAACGGUGGAGGCUUCAUCGGCAUGCGGCCCGGACCCCAAGGCAAGAAGAGCAGAAGCAGAGGAGCUGGAGCGAAGGCCGGGGGCGUCGGCGGGGGGCCAAAGGAGCAUAAAGACUUGAAAGUAAAGAGAAGGAAGAAACCUGCUGGAGGAGAGGGUCCGGGUCUGGCUGCGGCGGGUGGAGGAGGUGGAGGAGGUGCAGGUGGAGGCAGCACUAAUGGUGUAAAGGCAGCAGGAGGACUUCCUACAGAGAGCUCGGUCACCAUGUCGCCUGUCGACUCCCUGGAGUCGCCUCACUCCUACGCAGGCGACGUUUCCGCCGCAGGCUCCAACACCGCCAACUCCCCUCCCCUCCUGAGCAGUCCCACCUCCAGAGCAAUGCUGCCCCCGGUCAGCCACAUGCUGGGGCAGCAGCAGGGCUGGGGGGGAGUGGCCAAGCACGGCUACAACGGUCACAUGUUUGGUCUCCUCCCGCACGCCAUGAGAGGAGCGCACGCCGGCAUGAGCCACGGCCAGGGCGCCAUGAUGACCCCCAUGAACGUCGCCAUGAUCAGGGAGCAGUUGCCCUCCAUCGUCACCUUCCAGAUGGUUCCCACGGGAACGGGCCAGGCCAUGCUGAAGCAGCCCCAAUCGGGGCAGGUACAAGUCAGCCAGAGCCAGGGCCAGAACCAGAACCUGUGUCACACCCAGCCGGUCCCGGGACACGUCCACUGCAGCCAGGGGAUGAUCUACCCGGACCAGAUGAACGUGGUGCAGGGCCCCUCCCACACCCUGCAGCAUCCCCACAACAUCAGCCACUCCAACGGGAUGGAGGGCCAGUCUCGACCGCUGCCGCCCUACACGCCCAUGCAAAGCCCGGUGGAUAAAUACCCUACCCCUCCCUCUCAGCACAGCCAACUCCCCUCUGGGUCAGAGGGCACCACCCCGGGCCGCUCCACCCACCCGCAGAACGAGCACCCAUACCUCACCCCCUCCCCCGAAUCCCCGGACCCCUGGUCCUCCUCCUCUCCGCACUCUAACUCGGACUGGUCCGACGUCACCACCAGCCCCACCCCGCUGGGGAACUCCCACCACGCACUGCCAUCGUCACGCCACACACACAUUCCAGAGCAGGCGCAGAUGCAGCCGCCGUCGCAGCAGAUGCAGCCGCCCGCGCAGCAACCUCAGCUCGGAAACAUGCAGGUGUUCGCAUGAAGGCGUCAGAGGAGAGCAGAAACAGACUGACUCUUUGGUUCAACACAUAAACACACACACAGUCCCUUUCUCGUACACUCUCUGUCCUCUAAAAUCCU